GAGUGCUCUUUCUUGACUCUUUUCAUCAUUCUCACUAUUCUUGACCUCAAUUUCAGCUCUUGCAACCUCCCUUUUUCACCUCACCUGAUAACCUCCUUUACUCCAUACCUUACAACCAUUCUAUAGUAUUCCCUCCCUAUCAACACUUCCUAAACUUGCAUCCAUCCCACCCUAAGAAAUGGCAUCCAGCUCAAUGUCCUCCCGCAGCUCUGGCUCAUCCUGGACUGCCAAGCAAAACAAAGCCUUUGAAGAGGCGCUUGCAGUGUAUGACAAGGACACCCCUGACCGCUGGUACAAUGUUGCCAGGGCUGUUGGUGGGAAAACCGUGGAGGAAGUGAAGAGGCACUAUGAGAUCCUUGUUGAGGAUAUCAAGAGCAUCGACUCAGACAAAGUGCCCUUCCCCAAUUACAAGACUACCGGAGCUAGUGGCCGGUCCAACAUGAGCGACCAGGAAAAGAGGAUGAUGAAUCUGAGGCUCCGCUGAGCAACAAAUUCAGAAUCUCAGAUCGCGGACCAGAAUGAUCCAGUGCUAUUCCCGUUCUAAGAUCAAGAAUUGCAGUAGCAAUUCUACCUAUAUAUCUACUACUUUUCUGCUAUUCUCAUUCCAGUUUUCUUCUAUGAACGAAUCAAAGCAGAGAGCAUUGCAUCUAUGUCAUCUGCUUCUUGUUAGUGUUGUUGUUUCGAUGAAUUUCCUAUGAAUAAAAUAUGUACUAUGUGUUUCUCUUC